AUGGCGCCUCGACAAGGCCCGGACCAAGCGCGACGUCGAAGAGUUGCCAACGCCAUAAGCAAGAAAUGGAAGAUCGAGCGCCAAAGCAAACGCCCUAGAGGCCUUGUUAAUAUGGGAAACAACUGUUACCGUCAUGGAGCCCUACAACCUCUACUUCAUCUCCCUAGAUUUGUUAAUUGGAUCAAGAAACAUAACAGAGGAAAUCACUGGCCUUGCUACGCGAAUGACCCAAACCGCGUGCUCCCCUCUGACCCCUUAACGCUACAAUUGCUUGAAGACGAGAUCGGCAAGUUGAAAAAGAAGAAGGGGAUAAAUAAGGACGAUGAAGAAGACCUUGAAUAUCGAGGAUGCACUCCUUGUCUAUUGAAGAGAUUGAUGAUAGACUAUUGGGGUGAUAUUAAUAUAGGUGGCCAACCAAAUUUCGCACCCCAUCCCUUUCCGCACGAACACAAGGCUAUUUUUCCGUUACACACAUUGGCUGAACGCUGGUACUGUGUGAAUCCACCAGGACUCUCCGGAACGGUCGAGUCCUUAGCUACACAGGCAGAGCAGGAAAGCAUAACUCGUAUAGCAAGACUAUCCUAUAUGACAGCUCAGCAAGAUUCAGACGAAUUUUUACUGAGGAUAUUUGACGGCAUCCAGAAUAGUUACGAUCCUCAUACUAUUCAUGGAGCAGCGCGUCAAGCUGAAUAUGACUCACUUUUCCACGUCAGGACUCGUGAAUUCCACACUUGCGAUGGUUGUGAUGCCACUCGAUCCGACAACGUCAAUGAGAUGCUGGGAAUUAGAAUCAUUCCAGAUGCUAAUAUCAUGAACGACACAGUCGAGAAUGCCCUUUCUCGGUACUUUAAUGAUCCCACAACCCUCCUACCAUCCGCCUGCUGUUCCUGCAAGAAGGACUCGAGUCAGUCGAUCAGGAGAACGAUUAUAGCUGCACCUGAGUACCUUCGUGUUCAAAUCAAUCUUGUUCAACAAGUUUCAGAGGAAAGAAAAGACAAAUACGGCAACGUCAAGGUGGACAAAAAAACUGGCGAUCCCAUAAUGGUUGUGAACGUGGUCAAGAAUACUAACCCCGUCUCAAUACCUGACACCAUUGACUUGACAGCGUACAUGGACAUCCCUGUAACUAUUCAGAACCCUUACCCAGUACGAUAUAAGCUCGUAUCUGCCACCUAUCAUAGCGGUGCCGAUUUCAAUGCAGGUCACUACACAGCCGGCGUCACUGGUCCGGCGCUUCCAUUCCGAGCCGAAAGAGCGCAAUUCUUCUGCAAUGAUGCGGCCAUUACCGAUCUGCCGCCAACUGAUGCUCAUCCGAAUGCAAUUACGGAAAAUCCUAUGCAAGAGGACUUCAAUGCUACUACUCUCUAUUAUGAGAGAAUCACGCCUGCAAGUAUCCCUAUGAAACGCAGCUAA